GAUGACAUCAUUGCUUCCGGAGACGACUUCCAAGCUAACGCAUGACCGUUGAGCAUGCCCAUGGGAUUGCGAAUCCUAAGAUCCAAAGGCCAUGAGUAUCACAAGCACCCAUCGGCCAAUUGGCUGACUACCAUACACGGCUUCCUCCGCGCAAGUCGUUAACCGGCCCUGCAUCCGGCACUCGAAGGUAAAGCCGUCCAGUCGACCUGCUCUCUUCAUCCCUGGUACAACUUCCAAUAACGUUGCCUCCACCUUUCGCCAUGGAAGACCACGAGUGGCAAGCCUACACCGAGCAGACUCCCCUGUUGCCCUCUGACCGCCGAUACCUCUCAAGCCUCCGUCAAUCGCGCGACUUCAUCGCCUGCCAUAUUGUCAAGAUUCAUGGCGAAGACUCUUGGGUGUGGAGCUUGCGCAAUCGUCUUCAGCGCUUCUUUUCCAGCAAAUGGGGACAUUACUUUGUCCUUACCCUGGUGGCGCUCGACAUCAGUUGUAUCUUCGCCGAUUUCCUCAUAUCUCUCCACAUAUGUGAACAUGGUGGCGAGAAGGGUUUCCACUACAGAGAGUGGAAUAUGACGCAGAAUGUGUUGAACUAUGUCAGUUUGGUAUUCUCCUGCCUGUUCAUGGCAGAACUGUUGGGCAGCGUCUUCGCUUUCGGCCCUGGCUAUUUCAAAUCUGGUUUCCACGUCUUCGACGCCUGCGUCAUUGUUGCAGGCUUCAUCGUCGACGUGCUCCUUCGCGGUCCGAUCGAAGAAGCCGGUUCGCUCGUCGUGAUUGGUAGAUUGUGGCGUGUGUUCAAGAUCAUUGAGGAGUUCUCUUCUGGCGCAGAAGAUGAAAUUGCUGAGAUGCAGGAGAGAAUUGAACAGUUGGAAAGGGAAAAUGAUAGGGUCACCAAGGAAAUUCAAGAGCUGAGGUUUCGAGGAGUCCAAGCAGAUGGCGACGCCCACAACGGGGUUGAUGGUGUGGCGACUCCUCCUCUGGGCGGUCCUUGAGGCGUUUAUCUGAUGGGACAUUGCGGCGAUUGGCAGUCUAUCAACGUUCAUGGUUUCAAAGGCAGGGAGGAGCAAAAUGGCGGAACUUCACGAUACUCGGACACGGUAGAAGCUUAGAUAAUGUGGAACUUUGUUACAAGGGGAUUCAUUCAA